CCCCCCCCCCCCCCCCCCCAUUUUCAAUCCAAUCCAAUCCUUCGCAGAUACAUUCAACAAUCACUGCACACAAUCACAAACAAUUUUCGUCAAAAACGCGCAACACUCGACCUCACAACAUUUGCUUGUUCCACAAGUUUUCUUCAACCAAACCCUAGAAAAAACAAUUCAUCAAGUUUCAGGUCAAUUUACAAAAAUUGGAUGUUGUGAUAAUGUUUAAGCUAUGGAGAUGGUAUCAAAACUGUUUAUCUGUUCAUCCGGUCAAAACUCAGGUCAUCAGCUCCGGUUUAAUUUGGGGAUUUGGUGAUAUUGCAGCUCAGACCGUUACGCAUGCUAGUUCUGUUAAGAGAAACCCUAAUUUAGCUUCUGAGGAAGAGAAAGAAUUGCAUAUCAACUGGAGACGUGUGGCUACCACAAGCUUAUUUGGAAUGGCAUUUGUCGGACCCGUUGGUCACUUCUGGUAUGAAGGUUUAGAUCGGUUUUUAAAAGUCAAACUUCAAUACCAACCAAAAUCCAUACGGUUCGUUGCAACUAAAGUAGCACUUGACGGGAUCAUUUUCGGGCCAGUGGAUCUAUUCGUUUUCUUCACUUACAUGGGCUUCGCAUCCGGAAAAACUUUUAAUCAAGUGAAAGACGACGUGAAGCGCGAUUUUCUUCCAGCGUUAGUUUUAGAAGGCGGGAUUUGGCCGAUGGUUCAAGUUGCCAAUUUUCGGUUUAUUCCCGUAAAAUACCAGCUUUUGUAUGUGAAUUCAUUCUGCUUGUUGGACAGCUGUUUUCUUUCUUGGCUUGAACAACAACAGGAUGCCGCUUGGAAACAAUGGUUCAAGAUUUUGUCGUCGAACGAACAUAAAAACAAAGAGGAUUAACGGGUCAGAUUUUUGGCCCAUUCAUAAUUCAGGGAUUUUGUUGUUUUUCUUUUGUGUUGAAUGUUUUGGAUCUUUGAGAAGAAAGUGUUUGCUUUUAGCUGUAAUUUUUUUUUUCAAUAAUCUUUUGCUUGA